AUGGACAGGAAUAGUGGCACCGCUGCUGGAACGGUUGGAAUACGUAAGGUUCAUAUAUGCGACCUGGAUCCGCCUAUCGCUGACAUCCUUUCUCAGAAUGUCUACAACAUUUUCCCCAUGCCAAAGGUGCCACCAAGCUCCUUCAUCCCACAGUCGCUACCCCCACCCUCCGAGUCCAACGCAGUCCCAGAGAGUAGCAACAAAGAGAAUACUGCCCCUGGAGACAUCCAAUCUCCCCAACAGCCACCGGCGACAACUGGUUCGCCACCUUCAACCGAGCUCGUGCCGGAUUCCCAGCCCCAGCUUUCCUCUCCACAGACAAAUGAUGUUCUCCCCCCGCCGCUCGCGCUUCUCCUAGGGUCUAUUCGCUCGUCCAUCCAGUCCUUCUUUGUGGCAAAGCCACCGCACACGAUUCAGAGACUCGCGGAGCUCAUUCUCCGACCAACAGCCCAUUACAAAACACUGCCUGCGUAUCUACGAGCCGUAGACCGCGUUGUUUCUGUGACCAGUGGCGCCGAUGUCUUCCCUUUCAGUGCUCCACUUAGCGCCAGUGCGCAGCCGAAUGGGCUGGUACAUCCCACCAAUAGCGCUGGGGCCUAUCUGACGCCUGACUACACCACUGGUCUGGGAAGUGAUGAGUCGCUAGGAGGAGCUCUCCUUACGCCAAUCCCAUGGCUGACCAACGUUUCUUUCGAGGGUGGGGACAGCAAUAUGCCGGAUGAACUUAUGCAGCCACAAGAGGUCGAAACUACAACGACAGUGACAACGGAAGGCGAUGAAGAGACUAAGGUUGCUUCCGGCUCCCCGCCAGCAGACACGUCAGAGGAAGUUCCUCAUGCUCGGGGCCCACCAGUUGUUGGUGUAGAGGAUCUAGGAUUACAAGAUGGUAAGGGCGUGGAGAUGACCCUGGGUGAGCCAGGUACACAGGAUGGCGCGUCGGAUCCAUCUGUGGCGACUUCCACCCAUAUCGAUGGGGAGUCAGGGCCCGCCGAUAAAGAUGGGGACAUCGUACUUGAUGAUACCACGCCCAAGGAGGAAACCAAAGCAGACGACGAGGCAGCCGCAGCACCCCAGGCGGGUGACCAGCCAUCCGAGGCAGCGGGAGAUUCUGCGCCAGCUGCGCAGACUGAGAAGGAAGAGUGA